UUUCAGAUCCUACACCACUAAUUCAACUGCUUAUUAUUUACACCUUCUACAUUUUUUUAGGGUAAAAUAGCUAUGGGGUUCACGUUCAAAAACACCAGAAGUAAUAGCUCACAAGCAGCCGGUGGACGCAGUUUUAGAAAAAGAUCAGUUACAAGCUUGGCUAAUGAGCAACCAGCAAAACGUUCAAAAACCGAAGGAUCCGAUAGCAAAAAAUUAAAUAAUCAGAUGAAACGUCUAAUGGCAAAAGACCCAAAAAAACUAAGUUUCAAUGAAGCCACACUUCUAUCGGAGCUUCUGACCACGUGCUGUACGGUUGAAAGGAAAAAAGUUAUCCCAAAGAGGAAAGGAGGAGGCGCACUGCGAAAAAGUCCCGUCGAUUUUCAAAAUGAUGAAAAUCGAAAUACAAAGCCUAUAAAAAGUGGGCGAAAGAAGAAGGAUAAUUUGUUGGAACAGGCCAGUAAGAAGGAUAAAAUCGCUGCAAAAUAUAGAAACGAGAUCUUUGCUCACUCUAUUAUAGCCAAUCUUGAAAUCAAGAAAAUUCUAACGAAAACUUCAAAAGCAACCGAAAAAGAUUUGAAAUUGUUCUUGAAAGCGGAGUGUUCAGUUCGAAACGCUAUUAAAUCUGAUCCAGAGCUUGACGGUUUCUAUGUGAGAACUUGCGGAAAGUUGAUUAAUAAGACAGUGCUCAACACCAUGGCUGAUAUGAUGGACAACCAUAUGGCUACUACGAGACUUUUAUGGAAUAUGCCUCGGCACGAGUUUCCCGUUGAUUUUCAUGAAAAAUUUGUGGACUUUGCUCUAAACGUAUCUUACACUCCUCCAAAAAAACGAAUCUUUGUCGAAAAGAAGCUUUUCGAGAAAAGUAUUUCCACUUUCACGGAUAUUCCCGGUGAAACUCACAGGACAAUUUCUUUGGGCAACACUUUUGUCUACAAGUACACAGAAAGAAAUGUUGUCGACGUGGAAAAAUAUCCAGAGUUGCAUGCGCUGACAGAGGAAGCUGAGAGACCAAAUAAUGUUAUCAGAUGUGAGUGCUGUAGUUCUGGAUCGAUCAAAAAGUGCUGGAACAAUCCCGACUGUUUCUGCUUUCAGAUGAAUCUGAAACUAAGAAAAGAGCAAGAUCCGAAGAAUAAUAAAUUGCUCACGGAUUUUUCAACCUUUGACCCUGUUUUCAUCCGGGAACGAAAUCAUUUCUUUGACACAAUUGGAUUUGCGUGCUCCGAAAAUUGUGCAUGCGGUGGGAAAUGCACAAACAAUAUUACACUGUUGCCGGAGAAGAACAUUAAUAAAUUCGAAAUUUACCGGAAAAAUGAAAUCAUGGGAUUUGCGAUCCGGACGUUGAAUUCCAUUCCAGCAGGCACCCCAGUCAUGGAGUUUACUGGAGAACUCAUGGAUUUUGAUAUCUUGGACAAUAUAGAUCAGGACUAUGCUUUCGAAAUAGUAAACGAAGCUCACAACCUUCAUGAGACCCUUCCCAAUUUCAACAAAAGAUGGAGUGAAAAUUUCAAAAGCUCACUGAAAAAACAAUUGGCAAGACCUUGGUUCGUCAAUCCCAAGCGAAUCGGAAACGUUGCUCGCAUCUGCUGUCACAGUUGUCAACCCAAUAUGGCAAUGGUUCGAGUAUUCCAAAAAGGAUUCUCACCGGCUCACUGCAAGCUUCUUCUAGUCACUCUUGAGGACAUUUUCCCGGGAGUUGAACUAACAUUUGAUUAUGGUCCCGGAUACCUGAAUGAGCUUAAAGGAGGUUGUCUGUGUGAGAGAAUUGGGUGCCCGAAUACCGAGAGUUUUGGGAUUCUGUCAAGAGCUACGAAGAAGGAGCUCAAACAAUACUAUGCCUUACGACAUCAUUUUGAGUACAAGAGGUAUAAAAGGAUUAUAAAUUCAACGGCUCCUGCUUCCGACGAGUAGCUCAUGUUAAUGAAAAUAUUUAGGAAACUCCCAAGCCUUUCAAACAUCCACAAAAAAUCUCAAAAACUUCAAUUGGAAACCUCCCCCAUAUUCAAAUUCAAUUUCGCCAUGCCAACCAAUCAGCGAUGGAGGUCACGCCCAUUGCGCUUUACUGAUUGGUCGGCUUACUACAUUUUCAAACCAAAUUCUAGGAGCUAAUAAGCAUGAAAUUCUCCUUUUUAGUGUUCACCUAGUAAUAUUAAUGUACAGCUUCAACAUUUCUCCCUUUUCUUGAAUCUCAUCUGUAUAUCUUUGGUUUCUUUUUCGCUUUAAUAAUUUUCAUCUGUUUUUUUACUUGUUUAAAACUACUUGUAUGUAUACAUAAGUCCCCGUUUUUUGUUGUUUUUGUCAUGUGUUUUCCUUUUGAAUGUGUCUGAAUAUUUAAUUUAUACGUUUUUUGCCCGAUAAUAAAAUUUUGAACAUUUUUAAA